GAUCCUACUACUAGCACAAUAAUGGCUGACUUAAGACUAAAGAAACUGGGAGUUGGAAGAAGACUUCCGAAUGACCCUCUCUUUGCAGAAGGGGACAGAGUGUGCCGCAUGUUUCUACGUGAAGGCAUCAUCGAUAUUGACGAUGAACAGCUGUGCCACCAAGUUGUGGCUGUGUUCCCAUGUGACGUCCCAGGAUGUAAGGAAACCUUUGCUUCUCUGAUGGAGUUUGAUAUGCAUUACAACUCGCGGCAUCGCUACGCUUGCAGAGAGUGUAACAAACACUUACCCACCGGCCACUUGCUGGACCUACACAUAUCAGAAACACACGACUCGUUCUUCGCUGCUCAAGCGGAAAGAAAACCAAUGUACCAAUGUUUUGUGGAAGAGUGCUCUGUUGUCUCCCAGGAUGAUGUUCAAAGAAGAAAGCACUGCAUCGAAGUCCAUAGCUUUCCUCCCGAUUUCCGAUUUGAUCAGUCACGCAAAAAAGGAAACAAGAAAAACACCAAUAAGAACAAAACGAGUGAACCUUGUGAGGAAGCCAUGAUGGUAGACGAAACCCAGGAAAAGAAACCUCAAAAAGGUAAACCAAUAACGUUUGGUAGGGGAAAACAAGGGAAAAUGUUUGUGAAACCUUGGCAUGCAAAAAGGAAGGAACAGAAGACGACACCAAACGACAAAACUGAACAGAGUGAAAUUUCUACAUGUGAACUCAUGGAAGCAUUGCCAUCUUAACGUGAUAACAAUCUUUGUUGGGAGAGUUAGUUUUUAAAGAGACUUAAAUUAUUUACUGGAUCUAUCAGUAAAAGUGUAGGUAGUAACUUUUUUCACGAUUAGAGAUAGGAUUCAAGUAUUUUUUAGGUAGAGCAAAAUGGUAUUUCGGAAUCCAAGUUGUCCAGGAGAUUUUCUUCUUAUUUAUGAAUAUUUAUUAUGAGAAUGAAUGUAACUUUUAAUGCCAAGAAAAUUAAAAAUCUUAGGGUAUUGAUGACGACAAUGUAAUGUACUAAAAUUGUUAGUGUUAUUUAAUAGUUUUAAGGACUAAAUGUAAAAUGUUUCUGUGUUAAUAUAUUAUUUUCUGAGCUUGUUUAAAUGCUUUUGAUGACUAGACAUAGUACAGGUAAAACUUUCCCAAGAAAAAAAAAAGUUAGUCCGUUCAUGAAACUUGCAGGAAACAUAGUACUUACCAUUAGGUUUUGAAAUCUGAAGAGUCCCUAGUCAUUGUGGGGGUGGAAGUACAAUUUUAUAGGGGUUAAAGUUUGUGGGGGUAGUAAUUUUGAAUAUAUUUUUAUUUAUAGGAUCCAAACAAGUGGGGUGUCAUUUUCUAUGUUUCUUAAGAUGCAGAAUCGAAAACAAGCAUAACAAAAUCAAUACAACCGACAGUUUAUGAGAAAAAGACAAAUUUAUUCAUGAAAAAAUAUGACAAACUCAUUAAGGGGAGCCAGACCGAUUUUUUUUUUAUUUACACAAAUUUUGUUUUCUGCUGAUUUUUAUUCUCCUUUUAAUUCCCUUGCAAAUGACAUAACAUUCAUAUGUUAUUCAGAUGUAAGCCUUUUGAAAUAAAUAAAACAAAACAUCGCGACAGCUAGUUUUCAUUCCGCGUAACUUCAAAAGUGUAGGUAGUAUACUCAUGACAUUUAAAAAAGUAAAUUACGAGGAAAAGGUACAAAGCUGUUGAAAGUAUCAAGAAGUAGGCUAGAGAAGCUAGAAGAAAAAGAAUGCUCAUGCAGAAAGUCGAUGAAGAGGCACUAUUAUGAUCCUCAAUAUAGAAAGGCCUAUUUUAUGAUGAAUAUAGCUUGCGGCAGGUGCUACAGGUCUGUACCCUGUUUUCACCUCGUUUUCCGAAAGUUCAACUUAUUAUAACAAAGGUACACGUAUCUCUGGAACUAAAUGACCUAGAGACUUGAAAUUUUUUAUACAUAAUUGUUGUGUUAUAAGUAACAUUUAGACCCAUUUUUAUUACUGUCACAUUGCUAGUUUUGAAGAAGAAAAAUUAAUGUCUCGUAAAAUUUGUAAACAUUUUUGUGUCUUACAAAAAUUUUAUUUCAAUGUAACACUUAAUUGAAAAAUUCUGAAAUUGGGUCUGUUUACACAUAAAGGGCUGAUAAUUAUAGUCUACAAUUUUGAAAGCCAUAACUUUACACCUUUUGAAGAAAAGUGUACCUAAAAAUGGCAAAUUUAACAUUGGCGAGAUAGGCCUUUCCCGCUCCCCAAGGUAAAAUAAUGCAGUUAAUAUCAAUUACUAUUUCACUCACUGAUCAGGUAUACAAAUGUUUGGGCACUUCUAGACGGGGUAGGGAGUUGAAAUUUGUCACACUUUUUGGUCUUGGGCCCAAAGCCCCGGGGGAUUCCAAAAGGUCGCAUUUUCAAAUUUUAACCCCCUCUGAAUUUCAAAUUCCCACCCAAUGUUAUUCUUAUGGUGAUUAGCAUUUAAAGUUACCGACUUUGGUAUAUCCAUCUAGAAACGUGCUAGAGACCUGAAAUUUAGCAACAUUGUAAAACGUGAUUUUAAAUCAAAGUAAAACAUUAAAAAAGUCACAUUUUCAAAUUUCAAUCCCUAAAAAUCCAAAAUGGCGGUCACCUAAAAACCACAAAACCCUUUUUUCAAACGGUUAAAGCUUGAAAACGGCAAGAGCUAGAAAUGUUUUGAAAGAAUUUUCAUGGGCAGAAAUUAAAUUUUCUACAAAAUAUUUUUGAGCUAUUUUCAAAAAUCCCAUACCUUCAACUUUAAAAAAAUUACCUACUUUAAAAAUUUGGUAAAUUUCUUUCAAUUGUUUUACGGGUUUCGCUAUUUUUUCAUACAUAAGUCUUUUUUUUUAGUAAAUACUAUUACUGCUUUGUAUUCUCCUGUAUUUUAAAUUUCACACCCAUUACAUGUUUUCACAAUUUUUUUUUUUUUUAGUGGGUUAUCCUGCAUUCUGUUUUUGUAGAGUUAUUGGUAACGGAGAAAAUUAAAAAAACAGUAAAUUUAAAAUUCCCAUGUUAUUCUUAUGGAGUAUAAUGUUAAAUGUUGUAGCUUAUUUGUUUAUGGAUAUAUUUUGAUAAAACUUGGCAAAUUUAUAAUAUACUAACAAGCUAUAAUAUUUUACAAAAAAUACACUUUAUUAGUUUCCUUGUAGCAGCAAACCUAGGUACUAAUUAAACCUAAUGUUUUUUAAAUAGAUUUAAUAAAAAAUCAAUUCAGAUGUAUAGAAAUUCGCUUAGUCGGCAGGUUUGCUGCGGCGGGGGCAUUUCUCAUAAAAUGUCGGUUGUAUUGAC